AUGAAAAAAUCUGUCCGCCUCAACACCCGCCUCCUGCCGCCUCGACCAAUCAGAAGGCUGUUGCUAUGCGAGUGCCGACAGAAACGAAAGUUGACUGAAAGUUCCGUCAAAGCUAACACACCGGCACCUUUCACGCAGCCUGCAGUCACCUCAGCCUCUUCCGCCACGCAGCCUGCAGUAACCUCAGCCUCUUCCGCCACGCAGCCUGCAGUAACCUCAGCCUCUUCCGCCACGCAGCCUGCAGUAACCUCAGCCUCUUCCGCCACGCAGCCUGCAGUCACCUCAGCCUCUUCCGCCACGCAGCCUGCAGUAACCUCAGCCUCUGCCGGGACCUCAGCCUCUGCCACCACCCAGCCUGGUACUACUCCAGAGGAAGGACAGUUGGCUGUGGAUGACCAUGACAUGCCAGGCGUGGAUCGUUUGGACCUACUAUCAGAGUUUGUGGUCAGCAUGAGGAACUCUAGAGGUCAGCACAAUCAUAGGUCUCUGCCAGAUCCUGCUGCCCUAUGACCAACAACAGGUGACAUGUGCUACCAGGCAUCAGGACAGGCUACUCCUGGUGUGGAGAGUCUGAAGCCAUGCGUCCUGGGAUCUACUGCCUCCCCUGCACCAUAAAUAAGGUUUUACUUGAGAAGUGUAAAUAUCAAAACGUAAAUAUUUCUUGAUGUUCAAAGUGUGUGAUUACAGUUUAUUAAACUUAAAGUGUAAGGAAUUUAUCAGCACUGAGACAACAGACUUUGUAGAAGUAGGAUAUUAAUCCCAAGUAUGUUUACAUUAGUGUUUAAUCUCCUUAAUAUAAAAAUAAUUUUGUUUUUGUGAAGUUAUAGUGAGCCUUUUAUAUCUACAAAGGAUUGGGUCCUCUUCCACAGAGGCCACCAUAUUUUUUACAGUAGCUCAGAACAUAAAAACAAGUGUUUUUGUAUUUUGUGAGUGGCCAAAAGAAGCCAAAAAUGCACCGUUUGAAACAAUGUUUUUUUAUCUAUUUAUUUCUUAAUAAUAUAUUUUAUUCAAAAUUUUAU